AUGGCAUCAAGGAAGGAUAUGCGGAGAGAAGAUCUCAUCAUUCCUUACAAAGAACCCUCAGCAGAAAAACCCGAUGAUAUCGCCAAUACAGUGGCCACCACCCUGCCAAUGGUUGCAAUGUUCACAAGAAACAAGAUGAUUGGCUGGGCUUCGUUUGUCUUUGCGGUACAAACAUGGCUAGCUCAAACGCCUGAGCAGGCAAAGAAGUCUGGCACCCCUGGCUACAUGGGCGCCGGAAUGGCUUUACUCGCUGUAGGAACAACAUAUUUACAACUUUUCAUGCCGCCCCCAGCUGGUCCUCGCGCAACAGGCACUCAAGCGCCUGGGGCAGCGCCACCAUCCUGA